AUGGAGCUCAUUAAAUUUGUUCAUCACUAUGAGAAAAAGAUUGAAGAGAAUCGUUUAGCAGAGUUGGAAGAUGACUACCGUUGCAAAAAUGGUGCACCACGUCCAAAAGUAUGGAGUAAAAUGUUAAGGAGUGCAGCCAAGGUUUAUACUAACAAAAUGUUUCAGCUUUUUGAAACAGAAUUCUAUGGCUGUAUGGGAGUUAGACUAAAAGAAGUUUCCAGCCGGGAUGGAGUUUAUAUAUAUCAAGCCAUUGAAGAUGGUCGUCAAAGUGUGCACAAGAUUGAAUAUAAUUCUACAUCCUUGAACAUUAAUUGUUCUUGUAAGUCAUUUGAGUCGCUUGGAAUCUUGUGUCGUCAUGCUUUGACGGUGUUUGAUAUGAAUAAUAUCACUACUUUACCCACUCAGUAUAUCUUGAAGAGGUGGACUAAAGAAGCAAAGAAAGGGAUUGUGGUUAGCAAUAAUACAUGUGGAGGAACAAGUGAGAAUUCAAAGUCUGCUAGAGGGUUGCGCCUUAGCGAAUUGAUGCAUGAAGGAAAUAGUGUGUAUGACAUAGCCUCACUGACCGGUUCAGGUACUGAAAUUGUCAAGGAUCUGUUAAAAGAGGCAAUGAAGCGCCUUGAAAAAGAUAAGGACACUAUCUACGUGUUGGAAAAUUUGAAGAAACUUGGUGACCAAUCUGACUCUGGCAUUCCUAGUAAUGAGAUACUAGUUUUGAAUCCACCAAGUGCAAAGACUAAAGGAAUGAAAAAUGCUAGAAUCAAAGACGUGAGGGAGAUAAACCAACGGAAGAAGAGAACAAAAGAACAAGAAAGCCAAGAAAACAAUGAUCCAAAAGCUCCAAAUCAUGUGUCUACAUCUAAUCAUCAGUUUGGUAUACUUAACACCUCAUUUUAUAAUCAGGUGCCGUAG